AUGGUCAUUUGCUGUGGCUACAGAACUGAAAGUAUUCUCCAUGCCUCCUACAGCGUCAGCCACCGCGUCGGGCCUUGGUGGCACACUACGUCUCGUCGGCAACGGUGGGACAGGCAGGUCCUCAAAGACGUCUCCUUGUACAUCGAGAGCGGGCAGAUCAUGUGUAUCCUGGGCAGCUCAGGCUCUGGAAAACCCACGCUGCUGGACGCCGGAUCUGGGAGGCUGCUUUCCUCGGGGAGCUUUCCUGGGGGAGGUGUACGUAACGGGCGCAGGCUGCACCGAGAGGAGUUCCGGGACUGCUUCUCCUACGUCCUGUAGGCAGCGCGGGGUCUCGGGCGAUGCUGACACCUCCCUCUUCCGCAGAGCGACACUCUGUUGAGCAACCUCACAGUGCGGGAGACGCUGUGCUACACGGCCCUGCUGGCCAUCCGCAGGGGCCCCCAGAGCUUUUUGCAGAAGAAGGUGAAGGCAGUCAUGGCAGACCUGAGCCUGAGUCAUGUGGCAGAUCGACUGAUUGGCAACUACAACUCUGGGGGAAUUUCCCGUGGUGAGCGGUGCCAGGUCUCCAUUGCAGCCCAGCUCCUCCAGGAUCCCAAGGUCAUGCUGUUUGAUGAGCCAACCACAGGACUGGACUGCAUGACUGCCAAUCAGAUUGUCAUCCUCCUAGCUGAGCUGGCCCGCAGGGACCCUAUUGUGGUCCUUACCAUCCACCAGCCCCGCUCCGAGCUCUUCCAGUCUGUUGUCCUAUCAGCUCUUGACAAAAUCACCAUCCUGAGCUCUGGAGAGCUGGUCUUCUGUGGCACGCCAGGGGAAAUGCUUGAUUUCUUCAAUGGCUGCAAUUACCCUUGUCCUGAGCACUCCAACCCUUUUGACUUCUAUAUGGACCUGACGUCAGUGGAUACCCAGAGCAACGAACGGGAAAUAGAAACCUACGAGAGAGUCAAAAUGAUUGAAUCUGCCUACAGGGAGUCAGCAAUUUAUCACAAAACUUUGGAGAAUAUUGAAAGAACGAAACACCUGAAGACAUUACCAACGGUUCCUUUCAAAACCAAAGAUUCUCCCGGAGCUCUCUGUAAACUCUGUGUCCUCCUGAGGAGAGUGGUGAGAAACUUACUGAGAAAUAAGCUGGCAGUGACGAUGCGCCUCACUCAGAAUCUGAUCAUGGGUUUGUUCGUCAUUUUCUUCCUUCUACGGGUCCAGAAUGAUGUGUUAAAGGGUGCUUUCCAGGACCAAGUGGGCCUCAUGUACCAGUGUGUGGGGGCCACCCCGUACACAGGCAUGCUGAACGCUGUGACUCUGUUCCCUGUGCUGUGAGCUGUCAGCAACCAGGAGAGUCAGGAUAGCCUGUACCAGAAGUGGCAGAUGCUGCUGGCCUAUGUGCUGCACGUCCUCCCCUUCAGCGUCCUUGGCAUCAUGAUUUUCAGCACUGUGUGCUACUGGACUCUGGGCUUAUACCCUGAGGUCGCCAGAUUUGGAUAUUUCUCUGCUGCUCUCUUGGCCCCCCACUUAAUUGGUGAAUUUCUAACUCUGGUGCUACUUGGUAUCAUCCAAAACCCAAAUGUCGUCAACAGUGGAGUGGGUGUGCUCAGCAUUGCUGGAGUCCUUGUUGGAUCUGGACUCAUGAGAAAUAUCGAAGAAAUGCCCAUUCCUUUUAAAAUAUUCGGUUAUUUUACAUUCCAAAAAUAUUGCUGUGAGAUUCUUAUAGUCAAUGAGUUCUAUGGACUGAAUUUUACUUGUGGCAGCUCAAACAAUCCUGUGACAACUCACCCAUUGUGUGCCUUUACUCAAGGUGCAACAGCAAGAUUCACAAAAAACUUUCUGAUUUUAUAUGCAUUUAUCCCAGUUUUUGUCAUCCUAGGAACAGUUGUUUUUAAAAUAAGGGAUCAUUUCAUUAGUAGAUAG